UGCCUAUCCGACCCUCGAUCGACGACACCAACACGACGUUGAUCGACUAUCAAGGAGAAUGGGAACAACUCAUGGGGUCAACGAGGCAGUGGGAGGGUGGCGUUCAUAUGACAAGGCAGGCAGGGGCAUCCGCAACGUUUAGGUUUCGGGGUUAUCAGCUUUGGAUAUGGGGGACAAUACCUGCGGGCGUUGGAACGAAUAUCAUCGAUAUUACGCUUGACGGCAGCGCACCUAAUACCACCAGCCGGACGUCCAAUGGCUCGGCUGUCUUCAACGAAUUGUACUACGAAUCGGCCCUUCUCCGCGACACCUAUCAUACUGUUGUGGUCACGAAUCGAGGGUCAGACGCCAAUGGCAAUACGGAAUUUCUCCUGGACAGAUUCGAGUUCGAAACAUCUGAUAACGUCCCUGUCUUUACGACGACCGGCGCAAGUACCUCGUCCACGCCAACAUCCACGCCCACAACGUCGCCUGUGGGGAAUGCGAGCGACAAUUCUACCUCUGGAGGCUCGAAGACGCCAGUGGGCGCGAUAACGGGCGCGGUUAUCGGUGUCCUGGCUGUCGUCAUUUUUAAUUCUUGGAUACCUCUUGUGGAGGAGAAGGCAAGCAGCGAGGACGUCUGAA